UUUCUUUCACUCCAUAAGGCCGUAUCGGACUCAUAUCGAGUCGCAUUCGAGUCUGAAACCUAUAAUUUUGACGGUAUGGCACUCCGUGCGUGUGGUUUCAUCGUGUUCCGUCGCCUGGCCCUGCGUGAGCCUCCCCCUGCCAACAUCGAGUUCCUCCUUCUGCAGACUUCCUACGGAGGGCACCACUGGACCCCACCCAAAGGCCACGUUGACCCUGGGGAAGAUGACUUUACCACUGCUCUGAGGGAAACCAAGGAGGAGGCGGGCUUAGGGGAGGAGCACCUGCGAGUGAUCGAUGGCUUCCUGCACAACCUGAAGUAUGAGGUGCGAGGGAAGCCCAAAGAGGUGUUGUACUGGCUGGCAGAACUGAAAGACCCCAAGACGGUGGUGACAUUGUCAGAGGAACACCAGGACUAUCGUUGGUCCGGGCUGGACGAGGCUUGUGCUCUGGCUCAGUACAAAGACCUACAGGAGACUCUGCAGGCAGCACAGCGCCACCUAGAGGCCACAGGGUGGAAAUAGUAGGAUUGUAUUCAGUCACGUUAAAAGGGGAAAAAUGUAACUGACAGCACUCAGCAACAGUGCUGUGUUUACUUAGUGUCAGGGGAUUUCAGAAACAGAAAUCGGAGGGUCUCUUCUGUGUUAAGAUCUGAUUCUGCACAGUCUGGUACUUGACAUAUAAGUCAUAUGAAUGUUCAAAUAUACUGGAAGAUGUGGUCUGCUGUAGGCAAGUGCACUGCACAAUAUGACACAUGGAUUGAAAUUAAAUGCUGACAGCUUGUGACAUUAUUUACAUACAUUAUGUGUUUUUUUCUGUAAUCAUUGACAGUCUCCAAAGAUGAAAAGUUCCACAUGACAAUCUUAGCCAUGAAUAACACUUUAAAUGAAAUUGUUUAUGCAAAAAUAUAAUCAAGGUAUGGUGGUCCUUUUUUUGUCCUGCCAAACACCUACAACCCAUAUGCUGUGUAGCAUGGAGUAUUGUGCAAUAACACUUAUGCCAACCCCUAUGCUGUGUAGCAUGGAGUAUUGUGCAAUAACACUUUUCACCAGAAGGGGUAGACAGAGAAGUGGUUAUUGAAAUGCUAAAAAGGUACAUGACUAGUUCCAACCAGGGUGCUGUACAACCAGUAACCAAUUUAAUGUUUGGGAAACCAAAUGAGAGAUCUUUAGACAAUGGAGCUUGAAUAAUACUUCCAAAUUAAAACUGUCUUUUAUCAUGCAAUUAGAUGAGUGGCUAACCCUGGUGUUAAACAGUGUCCCAAUUCAAGAGAUCCACUUAAUGUAGGAUGUGUUUAUAGGCAUACUAACUUAAUGUACUUCUGAGUUUCUUUUUGUUGUUUGUUUUCAUCCAGGCUUGCACCAAAGAAAAUGUCUCUUAAUGACCAAAUCAAUAAAAGUUUGCAUUAAAA